GGAUACAAGACACAACGGAUAUUCUGAAAAAAUCAAGAGCAAAGGUCACUGAUGCUAUCCGUGAAGACUCUGGCUCGUUGUAUCAACCUGGAGACGGUGAAGACGUUGAACAAGGAGAAUUUGAUAAGGACUUGGAGCCUGAAGUUACCAUGAGUUCGGCCAGAGUAACAGGAACAAAGAGAGUGAUGGCAGUGGCACUUCAGAAGCAAGACCAACCUGCAAGAAUUACUAGGCAGAGGACAAGGGAGUUGGUCUCAGCUCGUGAAGAUACAACAGACCCACAAGAUGGUUUCUCAGAGGAUGGGUUGAUGGCUGCCAAUGCUAAUACACAGGCCAACAACCAGAAUGAGUUGUCUACUGAAGGCAAGUAAUUAUAAUCUCUCUCAAUUAUUAAUAGUUUACAUAUUUGCAUUAAUGGGUCCAUGGUUUCCUUUAAUUGAUUUCCAAAUUCCAUGAUAGGUCAAUGUAAAAGAAGAAGUCAUGUAAGCAACAAUGUAGACAGAGAUUUGGAUAACAUUUCAAGAGGGUUACCCAGCAAGAUCCCAGUGCACAUUGCUGAAGAAAAACUGCGGCCAGAGGUUCCUUUGCAAGCUGCAAAACUAGCAUCAGAGGCUGGUAUUAUUUUACGGAACCAUGUCCCAAUCUUCACUCACUGGAAGCAUUAUAAGGACAAAGAUGCCAUAAGUGUUGUUAAAGACUUCAAUGAAAAAGUCAGUAGUCAAUUCACAAUUGACGCAGAUGCUGAUCCAGUGAAAGAGGCAUUUACUGAUUUGCUCAAAACAGGACAGCGGCAGAUGAGAUACAGGCUGAAGAAACAAUACUUCAAUGGCAUACCAGCAAACGAAGUUAGAACAACUUCACCGCGGACCACUAUGUCUGACAUGGAGUGGAAAAAACUCGUGGACAUGUGGUCUACCCCAAAACACAAGGAAAAAUGUUUCAAAAACAAAGAAAGCCGUGAGCUGGUUACGUACCACCAGAUGACAGGAUCUCGGAGCUAUGUUGCUCAAUGUUCCGUCGCGAAGCAUGCCAAAUUUAAGGACGCACCACUGACCGCAAUUGAUGUUUUCAAGGACACCCACUGCAGCAGCAAGUCUGGUUUUAAUUAGAACGUGCAAGAUGCCAUUGCUAAAAUGCAGGCCUUUGUUGCUCAACCAAUAGGAGAAGGCAAAGAUCCGAAGACUCCUGUUGAAGCUGUAGCUCAUGUAUUAGAGUAUAUUUGGUAGUUGUAGAUAUAUGUAUCAUAGACUGCCAUAUGUAUCCCAGGGAGUCUUGCCCCCCAAGUCAUGUACUCUUAUAUAUACCGGCCGAAGCCUCAAUGCAAUACAAUAAUCCAUCCAUUACACCAAUUCAAUCCUUCCUACAUGGUAUC